CCGACCGAACUGUCAAUGUCAUAAGAUUUUGUUCGGUUUCGGGUGUGAUGUGAUGUGUACGCGAAAAACUAAAAAUUGAUAUAAUUUAAACUUAUCUUCGUGAAAAUGGCAGACCAAACGUUAAUACACGAUGAUAUAAAAUUAUAUACAACAGCAGAAAAGUUCUACUUGGAACCCACCAUAAAUCCAACAGAGAUUAUGGUCAUUGAUCGCGUUUCUGGAGAGAGCUGUGUUAAGAAUUUCAAUGAGGUGAAGAUACCGAUUCCUCCGAAUGCCUACAAGCCAGUCUGCGGGUUCCUCGGCACCAUCAAACUUAUAUCUGGACACUACCUCAUAGUAGCAAAGUAUAGGAUAUGUAUGGGUAAGAUUAAUGGCCAUGACAUCUACCAGCUGGCUGGGCACGAGCUCAUCCCCUUUAGCAGAUCCAACACACAUCUCACCAGCAAGCAGAUCGACGAGAACAGUACAUACGAGCGCAUGGUGUCCGCCGCUCUGCAGACACCUGGAAUAUACUUCUCCUAUGGUUAUGACCUCACGCACACCGCGCAGCGCCUGCACAGCGUCUCUGCUGACUUCCAUAAGAUGUCGAUGUCGUCCCGCGCGGAGCCCCGCUUCCUGUGGAACGGGUUCGUGCUGAAGGACUACGCGCACGCGCAGUUCGCAAGGUUCGCGCUGCCGCUCGUGCAGGGCUUCGUGUCGAUCAAGCAUAUAUCAGUGGGUGGGCACCAGAUGGCGCUGAGCGUAGUGUCUAGACGCGCCGUCACGCGCGCCGGCACCCGCCUGUUCAUGCGCGGCGUGGACGCCGAGGGUCACGUGGCCAACUUCGUGGAGACGGAACAGAUCGUGGAGCGAGGCGGGGAGAGGUGCUCCUUCGUGCAGACGCGGGGCUCCAUACCGCUGUUCUGGACGCAGUACCCGAACCUCAAGUACAAGCCGAGCAUGUCGCUGUCCCCGCAGGACCACGUGGCGGCGUACACGCGCCACCUGCGCGACCAGCAGCAGCGCUACGGCAGCCAGGUGCUCGUCAACUUGAUAGACCAGCGCGGCAAAGAAGAAGCCCUAGAACAGGGCUACCGCGCAUGCGUGGCCGCCGCGGCGUUACCCGGCGUGCGCUACGAGCCCUUCGACUUCCACGCGGAGUGCCACGGCAUGCGCUACGACAGGCUGCGGGUGCUCACCGACAGGAUCCAUCACGAACAGACGGAAUUCGGCUACUUCCUCUCCCGCGGCGGGACGGUCUUACUGCGCCAGAGCGGCGUCUUCCGGACGAACUGCGUGGACUGCCUCGACCGCACCAACGUGUUGCAGAGCGAGCUGGCUCGGAGACAGCUCGUGGAGUUCCUGAGGAGCCGCCAGCUGGUGCAGGAUGGACUGCCUGACCAUGUCAUGGCUGUGUUUAGAGAGAUUUGGGCAGAUCACGCCGACAUGAUCUCCACUCAGUACUCCGGUACUGGUGCCUUGAAGACAGACUACACCAGGACGGGCAAGCGCACAGCUCUAGGCGCCCUGAAGGACGGCGUGAACUCGCUCACCAGAUACUACAAGAACAACUUCUGUGACGGGUUCAGACAGGAUGCGACGGACUUAUUCCUGGGCAACUACGUGGUGUCUGAGGGCGAGGGGCACACGGCCGUCUGCCCGCUGGAGCGCCGCCGCGACUGGAAGUACAUCACCUUCCCAUCCGUGCUGCUAGUAGCCACGGCCAUGUUCUGCGCCUCAGCCUUACUGCCGGCGGAGUACGGGCCGCGCGCGCUGCUGCAGCUGCUGCUGUGCGGGGCCGCCGCCGCCGCCGCGCUGCUCGCCGUGUUGCAAAACGGCCCAACCUACGUGGACUGGCCGCGCCUCCACGCGGGGGGACUGGCCGCCGCGCGCGCCGCCGCCGCCGCGCCGUCCUUAUGAUAGACGCGCCGCUCGUCAUCGUCGUCUAGCCAACACGGAGUGUAGUACAGCUAGCUGUGGAGAAACUUGACCCCUCUUAGAGAGACACUGAUGUCGAUUCUGGAGGCAUAAAUUACUAAUCUUAAUAAUUUUGGAGCUGUCAAAACCUAAAUUUCUUUAAUUAAAAUUUGACUAUGAGUGUUCCCGUAGACGUCAUUAUUGCAAGCUAAAUUAAUAGUUUGACAGCGUUAAAAUUUGAAUUUAUUCCUUCAGAAUAGCUACCAUUGCUACUAUGAGGGGUCAGGUAUCUUUUCAGCCCACUGUACAUACACCUUACAUAAGUAGUAGGACAACACACACACACACACUCUUGUGUAGAGUGAAGAGAAAACCUCACAAGUCCAUAGUAAAAGGUUUUGGUCAGUGCUUUGUAUACAAAAUAACUGACACUUCCAUAGUAUACGUAAGUGCAAUAAACACCUGCGACGUGAUUGGUCAGGGCUCGAAAGCUGCUCUCUGAUUGGUUCAGUACUUUGUUACUUACGGCCAUUUUGUUUCACGUCACUAUGUUUAGUCAUUCGUUCAUUGCACAUCUUUCUUGCUUUUGUGUGUGUAGUUUGCAAUUUAAUUCAAGAAACGAUUCAUAAGAAAACCGUUUCGUAAUCAGCUAGUAGUUAAAAGUCAUGGAAUAGGGGACUAUCAUUUUUUUCAUUACCGCUCUGACCAUUUUUAGUACAUGUCUUCAUUUUGUAAAAAAAUGCAUUCCAAAGUUGCCUUCUACUAAGUAGCACUUUUUAAUUCACAUUUAUUUGGAAUUAUACUAAUUAAAUUGCCUAUAGAAAGGGGAAAGCAUUGUAGAUAGAGCGCCACCAAUGCCCCUGAGUAAAGCCUUCGCCUGAUUGGUUGGGCACUACCCCAUUUUAACAUACUGUCUUUUUGAAUACAUCAAAUUAAUGAUGUUGAAGUUCGGAAACUAGAAACAAAAUGGAAAAAAACCUCUAUCUGUAUUAAUUUAAAAUGGCUAGAUACGAUUUGCGAGUAGGCGUAUGAUUUUUCACAUCUAAAGAAAUAACAUUGAUAUUUAAAUAUUUGUUGUAAACGCUUUAUUAUUAUUUUUGUAUAUAUUGUUUUAUACCAUGAGCAUUCAAUGUUAUUUCACAAAGAUGUUUUUUAAUUUUAAUUAUACAUUGACGAGUGUUGGGUCGUAGUAUUUUAAUCCGUAUCUUUAAAAGGUUAAAGUUGAAAGUUCUAUGAGCAAUGUUAAUAGCGUGACACACUUGAUACUGAUCAAAUGUAUAAUUUGUAAAAGUAAAUGUUGUUUUUAGUAUAGUUAUUUUUCUUGUAAAGGCUAUGUAAUUUUUAUGGCGAUAUUCAAUAAAAAUGUGAUGGAGA